AUGAGCCGCGUCGAAGCGCCCUCCUCUCACCAACUGAAGCCGCACGCCAGUACUGAAGAGGGCAGAGCUGGGCAUGUUACCCAAUCGCUCCAUAUGGAGUUCGAUCGCGGGCUGCCAGACCGGCCUCGUUCCAUCGGCCCAGAUUUCAGCAGCAGGCCGAGAUUCAACUCGCGUCUGGACGACGACACUGCUGCAUCCGAGUGGGAGACGGUCGCAGGCGGCGACGAGCAAGAGGACUGCCCACCGGACCUGGACUGGCAGCUGAAACGCAAAAGAAACUUUGAACUCGUCUCCCACGCGCAGGAUAUUCUCCAUCCGCCUCUACCAGGCAGCACGUCUAUCACGCGCCGAUAUACUGUGUUGGGACCGCCUCACAGUGCCUUGGCAAAGCUGCCCACGGGAAGAUCGAGGGCACGACUGCCUGGGUCCGCGUCUUUCCGCUCAUGUUCGAGCUUCGAUACCGAAAGUUUCCAGGACGCAGCCACUGAUUCUCGAUACACGUCUCCCAAUGUCUUGCCAUUGAGGCCUUUGCGACGUUUUGAGAAGCCGGCGCCGUCGAACACGGACACAGAUGCCUGCAGUGACCUCAAGAACUCUGGCAGAAUAUCAGACAGCAUCGGCGGCAACCCUUUCGAAUAUGACGCCGUUCUGUACUCGACCUUCUUGCAGCCAGCAGCCGAGAAAGAGGUUGACGACGACGUCAAAGUGCCCGUGAACACAAAACCAUCAACGCCCUCGGACCCCGAGCCACAGCUGUCUCGUCGCUUGAGCGGAGACAUCGCGACCCUGAUCCGCUCUACGACUGAUCACGCCACGGAUGGUGACUGGCAGACGGUUACGGAAGAUUGCAGGUUCGGUCCGUCAACGGGAUUGAACGAGCUCGGCAUCAAAGGCACAGGAAGCAGCCUGGCUGACCUGUCAGACGGCGCCUCCUUUCAAUACAACCACUUCCCGAACAGAUCAACUGACCGCAUCAUCCAGCACCCACAGCCCCAUGGUGCCAAUGCGCGUUAUCACGUCCGCACGGACAAGCACACAAAUCGACCGGUCCUGCUUCCUGACUUCAGGAACAAUGAUGUGCCAACCUUGGGACCUGUACAGAACUCGUCGCGCAAGACUUCGCACCCUGCUUCUCGCGCAGCCGCUGCCAUUCGCCGCUUCUCAAACUCACUGCGUCGUGAGCUCACGCCAGAGCCGAUGUCAUUGAGCCCCAAGUAUAUCGAAAUGGACAGCUUUGGCCACGGUCAUGCCAGUGUGGAAUCAGAACACGAGGUCGGCCGGGUUGAAGAGAAUCAGACACCUGCCGAGAGGUUUCGAUUCAGGGGGUCUCAAAUCAUUGAGAGCUUCGCCCGUGACCCGUCCACGCCAAACUUCAUCGUGUUCGACAAAGCCUGCUACGGGACUGCCACUGCUGGGGAGACUCACGCAUGUGGCCAGUCACAUGUACUCCAUGACGAGUUUACCGCUGGCAUUCCUCGUUUGCCAUUCCCUCUCGUCAGCUUGCCUGAAGCUGCAUUGCUGCAGCACUUUCGCAGGGAACGUGGCGAGGAAGACCACACAGAGAAUGGCAGCUCGUUUUCGGCCAAGGCCAGGUCGGUCACUCUUAGUUCUGUGACUUCGUCACAGCCCUUGACGCCUCAGUCUCCGUUCUUUGAUUAUCGCGAGGCAUUGAAGCGAGGUUCACUGCCGUUCCCUGCGACGACGUUGCCGCCAUCGCGGUUGCGUGGUACCAGUCGAUGGACUGCCUCAACUGACGAUGGCACUGAGAUGCCAGAACUGUCGCCCGCCCACUUCAGAACUGUGAACACAAAUCCCGCAGCGCCCCAUACGCCAUGCAAGCCGUGGUACAAAAGCGGUUCAAGCGACAGCUGGGCCAUCUUGGGUGACAGGUUGCCCAUCUUUCACUCUCGCCCCAUGGCGGCCGGGGACAAAAUGGUCUAUGACCAUGCCGCAACCGAUCACAGGCCAAUAUUCCAUCAUGCUGACGCCAUGAGCACGGCAAGGGAGCAUAUGAUGCUGCGUCGUCGAUCCUCCACCAAGGACCAGCGUCGUGAGGAAGCCAUCUUCCUCGGUGUAGUUGCGCUAACAGCCUGCUUUCCGCCCAUCGGUAUCCUGGCCUUAAACGGUCAAUUCGACGCGACGAUUUCGUGGUUCACACACGGUGAGCUCCAUGAGUUCUCUCGUGCCCAGAGACGCGUCCUCCAGCAGCAGCUUCUAGCCGUGUGCUUGAUAUACCCGACACUCGUCAUCUCUCUCUCCGUCUACUUUGCUGUGUCCAAGUGA